CCGCCUGGGGCCUCCGGGGACCUCUUCGAGACCGGUCCUGGAAGGGCUGUGGGGAGGAGCCCGGUAUUUCUGCUCUGCCCCGGAUGGUGGAGCCCUAAAGAACCAAAAACCCCAAAGAACCAAUAUUCCUGCUACACAGAGCCCCAUCUUUAGUGAGGCCAUUUCUGGAGUCCAUAUGAUGACCAAGGUACUGGGCAUGGCCGCAGGUAUGGGCUCUAGACCUCCACGGGAGCAGAUGGGGCCUGUCAUGAAAGUUGAGGAGGAGGAGAAAGAGAAGUGCUUUCCUAGCCUGGAAAUGUUUCGCCAGCGCUUCAGGCAGUUCGGGUACCAUGACACACCUGGGCCCCGGGAGGCCCUGAGCCAGCUCCGGGUGCUCUGCUGUGAAUGGCUGAGGCCUGAGAUCCACACCAAGGAGCAGAUCCUGGAGCUGCUGGUGCUGGAGCAGUUCCUGACCAUCCUGCCCCGGGAACUGCAGGCCUGGGUGCAAGAGCAUUGUCCAGAGAGUGCUGAAGAGGCCGUCACUCUCCUGGAAGAUCUGGAGCGAGAACUGGAUGAACCAGGAGAGGAGGUUUCACCUCCUCCAAAUGAACAGAAACAGGUGUGGGAGAAGAUAUCCUCUUCAGGUACAGCAGAGGAAUCCCUGAGCAGCACACAGCCACGGUCUGUGGAGACCAGUCCCAAAUAUGAAUCUUGGGGGCCCCUAUACAUCCAAGAGACUGGUGAAGAGCAGGAUUUCACUCCAGAGCUGAGACAGAUUCAAGGUUGUAAAUCAAACACCCAGAAUGAGGAAUCAACAGAUAUGCAGAAAAGUUCUGAAGAGUCUCAUGCAGAAGAAUUCAAAAAGGAUAUUAUUCCCAUGGUUAUUGCCAAUAAAUGUGAGGCCAGGUUAGACAGGCAGUGGGUAAACCUUGAAAAAGAAAGAGGAAGAAAAACCCCUGUCUUAGAUAAAGGUUCCAAGAAAGGUAGAGAAUUAAUGUCUACUAAACCUGCCCCAGGAGAGAGACGUUACAUAUGUGCUGAGUGUGGAAAAGCCUUUAGUAAUAGCUCAAAUCUUACUAAACACCGAAGAACACACACUGGGGAGAAACCGUAUGUAUGCACCAAAUGUGGGAAAGCCUUCAGCCACAGCUCAAACCUUACCCUUCAUUACAGAACACAUUUGGUGGAUCGGCCCUAUGACUGUAAGUGUGGGAAAGCCUUUGGUCAGAGCUCAGACCUCCUUAAACACCAGCGAAUGCACACUGAAGAGGCCCCAUAUCAGUGUAAAGAUUGUGGGAAAGCUUUCAGUGGUAAAGGCAGCCUCAUUCGACACUAUCGAAUACACACUGGGGAGAAACCUUACCAGUGUAAUGAAUGUGGGAAGAGCUUUAGUCAGCACGCAGGUCUUAGUUCUCAUCAGAGACUCCACACUGGAGAGAAGCCCUAUAAAUGUAAGGAAUGUGGGAAAGCCUUUAACCACAGCUCCAAUUUUAAUAAACACCAUAGAAUCCAUACCGGGGAAAAGCCCUAUUGGUGUAAUCAUUGUGGGAAAACCUUCUGUAGUAAGUCCAAUCUUUCCAAACAUCAGCGAGUCCACACUGGAGAGGGAGAAGUGCUUUAACUGACAGGUAUGCUCUCUUGGUGGUGGUGGUUUUUGGUUUUGCUUUGUUUGUUUUUGUUUUUAGAAAUGAAUGAUAGGGAGAAGCCCAGUAAUAGCAAUAGAUUUUGUUUUACUCAACACCAAGGGAUGCCUGAGAGAGCUCAAGCAGUGGCGCGGUAGGAAGGCAGGCCCUGGAUGGUGUCAGUGGAUUCCUCACUUGCCAGCUUAACUGGGGCAGGGUCCCCUCACCACACUUAAGUCCCAUAAACCAUACCGGCAUUGCCUUUUGUAUAGUUAAAUUGAUGUGUAUCCAGUAUAAUUAUGCAAGAAACAUUACAACUGUUUAACAACAACUAUGAUUUGUAAAGACUUGAACCAUGUUGAACACGAUCUGAUUCAGAAUAAACUUACAACAUAUUGUAA